GCACAUGCUCACUGGGCGCCGAGGCAGGGCCGGAGGCAGGGCUCGCUGCGAGCCGCCGCUCCUGCGCUCCGCCCCGCGUCGCGCCGCCGGCCCUCAUCGGGAGGACCCGCUCGGCUCGGCUCGGCUCUGCCCGGCUCGGCUCUGCUCGGCGACUAAAGGUUUCUUUGAAGCUUAACCUUCAAGAUGAAGUUCUUACUAGCGGUUUUCUGUUUGGUCUCGUUCUCCUUAUGGAUGGAAGAAGUCUAUUCCAAAGAGAAGUCUUCAAAGAAAGGAAAGGGGAAAAAGAAGCAAUACCUUUGCCCAUCCCAGCAAUCAGCUGAAGACCUUGCAAGGGUACCUGCUAAUUCUACAAGCAAUAUCUUGAACAGGCUAUUGCUCAGUUAUGAUCCCAGGAUAAGACCAAAUUUCAAAGGAAUUCCAGUCGAUGUUGCAGUCAACAUCUUCAUUAACAGCUUUGGAUCAAUUCAAGAGACAACUAUGGAUUAUAGAGUCAACAUCUUUUUAAGACAGAAGUGGAAUGACCCUAGACUCAAACUACCCAAUGACUGGAGGGGUUCGGACACACUGACAGUGGACCCAACAAUGUUUAAAUGUCUUUGGAAGCCAGACUUGUUCUUUGCAAAUGAAAAAAAUGCUAAUUUCCAUGAUGUAACUCAAGAAAAUAUCCUUCUCUUUAUAUUUCGGGAUGGAGAUGUACUAGUCAGCAUGAGAUUGUCUAUUACUCUGUCAUGCCCUUUGGACUUGACCUUGUUUCCUAUGGAUACACAGCGCUGCAAGAUGCAAUUGGAAAGCUUUGGUUACACGACUGAUGACUUACGCUUCAUCUGGCAGUCUGGAGAUCCUGUACAGUUAGAGAAAAUUGCACUGCCUCAGUUUGAUAUUAAAAAGGAGGAUAUUGAAUAUGGUAACUGUACCAAGUAUUAUAAAGGCACAGGUUAUUACACUUGUGUAGAAGUAAUCUUCACUUUAAGAAGACAAGUUGGAUUUUACAUGAUGGGUGUUUAUGCUCCUACACUGCUAAUUGUUGUUCUGUCCUGGCUGUCAUUUUGGAUCAAUCCUGAUGCAAGUGCUGCAAGAGUCCCACUGGGUAUUUUCUCAGUGCUCAGCUUGGCAUCUGAAUGUACUACUCUUGCUGCUGAACUUCCCAAAGUGUCUUACGUGAAGGCCUUAGAUGUCUGGCUGAUUGUUUGCCUUCUCUUUGGGUUUGCAUCACUGGUUGAGUAUGCAGUGGUUCAGGUAAUGCUAAACAAUCCAAAAAGAAUUGAAGCUGAAAAAGCCAAGAUUGCCAAGGCAGAGCAAGCUGAAGGGAAAGGUGGAAACGCUGCCAAAAAGAACACUGUGAACGGCACAGGGACUCCUGUCCACAUCAGCACUUUACAGGUUGGUGAGACCAGAUGCAAAAAAGUUUGCACUUCGAAAUCUGAUCUGAGAUCCAACGAUUUCAGCAUAGUUGGAAGCUUGCCAAGAGAUUUUGAAUUAUCAAAUUAUGACUGUUAUGGGAAGCCCAUUGAAGUCAACAAUGGGCUUGGGAAAUCUCAAGCCAAGAACAACAAGAAGCCUCCUCCUCCCAAGCCUGUCAUUCCAUCAGCAGCAAAGAGAAUUGAUCUUUAUGCAAGAGCACUGUUUCCUUUUUGCUUCUUGUUCUUCAAUGUCAUAUACUGGUCCAUAUAUUUAUGAUAAAUCUUUUAUUUAUUUUUUCAUUUGUAAAAUAUAUCCCAUUUCAUUACCCCUUCCCAGUCAUGAAGGCCACUGUGUGAAAUUAUUUGCAUUUGCAAAGCAAUAUGUUGCAUUUUGAUGCCAUGUGAUUGUACUGAAAAUAUGGCAUCUGAAAUUUGAAUGAAAGCAUGACACUGCAAUGUCUGUGCUCCUACCAACGUUGUAUAUAAAUGUACAGCAUACAUCCUGCUUAAGGAAUAUAUGAAAGAUAACGCAUACGACAUUAUAAAGCUGAAUAACUCUCUUCAGUUAUUAGUAAUAUACAGAGAUUUAAAGUGUUUCUGACAAUGACACUGAUGUGCACGUUAAGUAUUAUUAAAACCAGUAUUAUAGUAUAUGUAGUAUUUAAAAGCUUUUCUGCUGACUUUCAGAGAAAAAAACAUCUUGCUCAUAAUUUUAGAUGGUGCUGUUGAAGGAAAGCUAAGUUGUGAAAUAUUAUUUAGUCCUUGUAAGUGAGGGCAGCAUUGAUUAAGGUGAUCUUGUCUAUGUGGAAAAAUAAAGAUCAGAGAAUUGCUAAUUUUGUAAAAUCAGCUCAUUUAGGGAAAAGAAAAAAGAAAUUGUAUCCAUCAAGCAAACACACUUCAAAAGUGUGUGAGAAUAUGCUGACAAUAAAGCAUUGUGCCCAAUUUUGACUGCUGUUUCCUUAGGCACAAGCUAGAUAUGACACAUCAAAAACAAACCGCCUACUUUCUGGAGUAAAGGUAUCAAGACUAUUGGAGAAGUAUUACAAGAUGCAUUUCAGUAUCAGGUUAUAUUAUACAUUUUUACAUUACUCUGUCCUCUGGCCCAUCUUUUCUAGUGUCUUGCAAGCAUGCAGUAUAAAAGUCAAAAUUUCUUUUUUGUUUAAUCUGAUAUGUGUUACUCGUUUUGUUUUGUUUAUCCCCUUGAAAGCCUUCAGUUUAAAGAAACUAUUUGUUUUUGUGUUGAAAUCCCAUUUUAACGCUAGUUAUACUUUUCAAGCUUGCUUGUUCUAGUGUCUAUGACCAAAGCUAAUACCUAGCCACCAGUAGAAGUGAAGAAGUAUCCAAAGGUCUAAGGCCCUGAGACUGUUAAAUACGUCAUGAAUGCUUGUGUCUAUGUGCUACUUAAUGGCUGCCCUCACCUGCUCAUUGAUCUGGUUGCUACAUUUUGGAAAAUAAGGUCCUGUGCAUGCAACAGUUCUGAUCAGAGGCUGCUCUCCAUUUUCCAGAGGAAACCACGUGAUGUGGAGACUGCAGAAACAUGUGUAGGGCAGGAAUCAGUACCUGUGGUCUCGCAUGGGUGCCAGGGUACACCCCUCUGUAAAGGCAAAUCAUGAGGUGAAACACAGCCAAAUGAAAGCUUCCUGUAUGUAAGGCAUCCAAGCAGUAUAUGUUCCUUGGGAACACAUAAAGACUAUGCUUCAGCCCUUGUCAACAUACCAUAGAGAACCACGUUUCCACUUGUAAAACUGGGGCAUAAUAUUUAGUUAAUAUAUUGAAAUAUGACAGUUCUCACUAACUUGGCAAUUCAUUGAAGGCAAUACAGAUUAUUGGCUCCUCAUAAGAGAGGAAAGGACUGAAUUACAUACCCCAAAUAUUCCAUAAGGUAAAAACAGACAAAAUCACAUUUGUUGUGCUGCACUUCUAACUGUUAUGUGUUGAGCCCAUGCAAGGCAUAAGACUCUCCUAUCACUUCUGUGUUGCUGCCUGCUCAUGGAGCAGUGUCCACGUACCACAAAACUGCACAGUCAGAAGGUCAAUUUGGGAAUAUAUAGAGAGAACCAGGUCAUGCUGGGUUCAUCAGGCAGCUGAUGGCUCUGUUAACUGUGGUUUUCUAACCAACUCCACUUUGAGAUCCAUAGCCCAAUACUGGUUUUAGGUUGACUUUCCAUCUUUGAGGUUCUUGGUAAUUACUGGCCUAACAUCUUUUUACAGUUCAUGAGACAAAUUCCUGCAAAAGUUUCUCAUUCCUGAGUCUAGAAGCAGCAAUUCAUAUUUGGGUGGAAGAGAUCUGUUGUUCAGAACAAGGUUACACACUUUCCACCAGCUUCCUUGCCAUUUUCUCAUGGAGAUUCCAAAGCAUUUCUUUGCUAGGCAGCCUCAGGUUGUCCUUUGGAUUUCUUUAUCAUUAGAGGAAAUAUAAGGGAGAUCCCAAAUGUUUCAGAAGAGAGAUCCUAAAUUCCUCCAUGUUGAACUGGGGGAAAAUAUGGUAUAAUUAAGGUCUAGUUCAAAGUUUCAGAAUUUUUGCCUAUUUACAGAAUUGUUAGAGACUCUAAGAAGCAAUAAGGAUAACUCAGAGAUGAAAGAAGGGAGGGGUAACUUUUAUAUAUAAAAUCAGAGUGCUAUAUUUAUAGACAUUAUUUAUUCUCAUACUUGUAUUUUUUCUUACAGUAUCAGAAGGCAAGAAAAUAAUGAUCCUGUGUUGGAAAUUAUAUGACUUUUGGAAGAUAAUUUUCUUGUUAGAACUCUUAUUAAGUGAUUUAUCUGUAAUUAAUGUCCACAUUUUAUCUGUAUAAUCUCAAUUAUAGAUUUUAUUGUUAAAUUAA